AUGUCGAACCCUCCCCACGGCGUCACGCUGGACGUCUGCAAUCGCUUCAUCCGACCGGCCACGUCAUCCACGCACGUCUCGUACGCCGAGCUUCUGUCGCACACGCCGUUCGUGCAGCCCGCGAAUUGGUAUGUGAGCCACACGUGGCACUACCUCUUCCUCGAAGUCGUCGACGCGCUCUCCGUCUUCCAAGCGAGUCUGUCGUCACCCGCGUCCUUUUGGUUUUGCCUCUUUGUCAAUAACCAACACGCGCAAGCUGCACCAUUUGCGUUUUGGGCCACCCGGUUUCAGCGCUCGAUGCCGGCGAUCGGGCAUCUCGUGCUCGUGGUGACCGAGUGGCGCCGCCCCGUUAUCUUGAAGCGGGCGUGGUGCCUUUUAGAGCUCUACACGGCCGUGUCGACACAUGCCAGCAUCCAUGUCGCGCUGCCGUCGCACCAAGUCGCCGCGGUGCGCGCCCACCCGGAUGCUUUUGCAACGUACGCUCGAACCAUCUCGAUGAGGCGCAGCACAGCGUCGGUGGCGUCGGACAAGGCCGCGAUUGUCGCGAUGCUGCACGCUGCAAUUGGUUUGGACGCUGUUGACGCGACGCUGGCAACGGCCCUCGCGAUGCACUCCACACGUGCGUCCCAGACUCUAGCUACGCUAGCUGUUACAUAGCACAGUUAAUUAACAACCCG